CUCUCGCCGACGGUAACGAAGCUAUUGUUCCUCGCCGCGUUACGGCGGCGAAAAGCGCCAUAAGAGUUCCCCAUUCUACGCGAUAGCGCGUGCAGGGCUCAUUCUACCUCUCGUUGACGCUGAUCUAGGCAAAGUGUCUGACACCACUUAGUAGCGAUAAGCUCGGUAAAAGAAGCCACCACGCUCUUGCGCGACCGUAGGAUUCGUGCCCGAAGACGCCGCCAUGUCGGAUCCUGGACAGGGACGAGUGCACCGUUUUCGCGACCACCUCGUCUCCGGCAUCAACUGGCGACCGACGCGGUUCGUCGACGAGGUUCCCAGUUCACGUGUAUGCGGCCUCUGCCGCAUGAUACCGAAGCGGAUGGUGCUGUUGCCGUGCUCGCACGCGUUGUGCCAAUCUUGUCACGCAGCCAGUCUCGAAGGGGCCGUUGGCCAGUGUCCGUUGGAUCGAGAUGCAUUCGAAGUAGGGGAGUGCGUCGGUUACGAAUUCCCGGCCAGGAAAGCGAACACCGUGAAGGUGUACUGCUGGAACGAAGCGCACGGCUGCGAGUACACGGGCACCGUGGACCACAUGCUGGACCACCACGAGAACGAAUGCACAUUUCACACAACGGAAUGUUGGCGAUGCGGCGAGGGAGUCCAGCACAGAGACCUGGCAACGCACUACGCGGCCGGAUGCAGUGCCCGUGGUUAUUCCGCGAUAACAGAGUCCUCGGAGCAUACAGCACCGACCCUUGAAGACGUGAACGCUGCCCUUGCAGACAUGAAGGCGAUGUUGGGAUGCCUCAACCACGACCAGCUGCUGCCAGUGAUUCAGAGUCAAUUGAAUGAGCUUACGGAACAAGUCAGCAAACAGGAAGCCAGCUUUGCUGAGAUCACUGGCGAGGUCAGAGCAUGCGAGAACAACUUCAAGGCCGAGAUGGAACAAAUCACCUCCACGAUUUCAGCGAGAGUGUCGCACCAGCGGACGUCUCGGGAAAAUCCAGUGGAGGAAGACAGCACGUCGAGGUCGCCGUCGUUGCGCUCCGGACAAGAGCUGAUACUCCGAAAGUUGGAAGGUUUAGCCCACCUGGAAAACUGGCGGCAAACUUCCCCGAAGCCUGAUUCCAACCGUGUCAUUGCUCAUUGUGAGACUUUGCGCGGUGACGUUCGGCAUUUGACGAGUGCGCUGUCGAUACCCGCGCGCAUUAAAAAAAAUGGGCGCGUGACAUAUCGACUGACCCUAGAAAACUUUGAGGAAAUCAUUCAGUGCCCGGAAGGCAUAAAACAGUUUGCCGAGAAUACGGUGCGGCACAUGGAGGACACGUACUUUACCAUUGCCGUUUGGAAGUACGCCGGUUCUGCAGCUGACCUCGUUCUGCAGAUCAAGUUUAACGGGACGCUGGCGGGCUCUAAGUGUUGGCCGCCUUUCUGGAGAGUGAGCGCGGUGAAUCCAGUAACAUUCAAUGAACGUUCGUUGACUUCCGGUACCAAGCCUUGUUUCUGCGACCGCGAUGACCCCUCAUUGCCACACUUCCACCUCCAAUUUCAUACAGACAUUGACUCGCUGAAAAAUGACGGCUACAUCCGAGACGGAAAGGUAGAGUUCCGUAUCUUGCUCAGCAAAAGUAAGAUGGACGGUAGCAUCAGAGCACCACCCUAACGUUCGUCAUCGCAGAAUGUGCACUGCACCGGAGAAUCCUCCUCGCCACUUCAGAAAAUGUGUCACAGGAGCUUAACGAAUUUUUGAUCUCCUUUCUAGUAAAUAAAGUGAGA